UGACAGACGAAGACACGGUGAAGAGAUACUACGCCAAGUUCGAGGAGAGGUUUUUCCAGACCUGCGAGAAGGAGCUUCUGAAAAUCAACACGUUCUAUUCAGAAAAGCUCGCCGAGGCCCAGCGGCGGUUUGCGACUCUGCAGAACGAGCUGCAGUCGUCGCUGGACGCUCAGCGGGAAAGCAACGCUCCGCCCGGCCUGCGGAAACGCAAGACCAUGUUCCACCUGUCGCAGGAGGAGCGCUGCAAACACCACAACAUCAAGGACCUGAAGCUAGCCUUCAGCGAGUUCUACCUCAGCCUCAUCCUGCUCCAGAACUACCAGAACCUGAACUUCACCGGUUUCCGUAAGAUCCUGAAGAAGCAUGACAAGAUCCUGGACACUCCUCGCGGCGCCGACUGGCGGGUGGCUCACGUGGAGGUGGCGCCGUUCUACACCUGCAAGAAGAUCACGCAGCUCAUUACCGAGACGGAGACGCUGGUGACCACAGAGCUGGAGGGAGGCGACCGUCAGAGGGCCAUGAAGAGGCUGAGAGUUCCUCCGCUGGGGGCAGCUCAGCCUGCCUUGGCCUGGACCACCUUCCGCGUCGGCCUCUACUGCGGCUUCUUCAUCAUCCUCGCCAUCGCCUUCGUUCUCACCGGUGCCGUGUUCGUCCGCUACGAGAACGUGUGGCCUCUGGUGCGGAUCUACCGCGGCGGCUUCCUGUUGAUCCAGUUCCUCUUCCUGCUGGGCAUCAACACAUACGGAUGGAGGCAGGCCGGAGUCAACCACGUCCUCAUCUUCGAGAUCAACCCGAGAAACAACCUCUCGCACCAACACCUGUUUGAGAUUGCCGGCUUCCUCGGCGUGCUGUGGUGUCUCAGCAUCCUGUCCUGCCUGUACUCGGAGUACACCUACCUCCCCAUGCAGAUCAACCCCCUCAUCCUCUACGGCUUCAUGCUGCUCUUCCUCAUCAACCCCUUCAAGACCUGCUACUACAAGUCACGCUUCUGGCUCCUCAAACUGCUG